AAUAAGCCAAGAGCCGCCCGCCCUCCUUCGCUUCUUCUUCUCCGUGAUCUGCUUUCCUUCUCUUAUGGACAAUGAGCCUUUACUCCCCGCCAGCCAUGGCUUCCGCUCGUUCCGAAUCCCACAACAAACCCACCACGACGAAGAACCAGAAGAAGACGGCGGUCCACAGUCAUCCUCUCGCUUUACAGCUUCCAAGAAGCCCCUCCACCGGUCCAAAACCGCCCCUGCCAUGGCCGUCGUGAGAGACCUCAAGCCCGGCCCUGCCCACGACCCGAAGCCCCUCCCCGGCUCCUCUUCCAUCGUCCGCCAGGCCUUCGUCUUCCUCUGCAUCUACCUCUUCAUAGGCGUCGCCAUCUACUCCUUCAACCGGGACCACUUCUCCGGCCUCGAGACCCACCCUGUCAUCGACGCCCUCUACUUCUGCAUCGUCACCAUGUGCACCAUCGGCUACGGCGACAUCGCCCCCGUGACCUGGCAGACCAAGGUCUUCGCCUGCUUCUUCGUCCUCGUCGGGUUCGGGUUCAUCGACAUCCUCCUCAGUGGGCUCGUCAACUACGUCCUCGACCGGCAGGAGAACAUCAUCCUCUCCGGAAUCAAAAUGGGCCGGGCACGCGGGGAGGCCUUCCCUGCCGGCAAUUACAUUGUUGACCUCGAGAAGGGUCGGAUGAGGAUUAGGCUAAAGGUCGGGUUAGCUCUCGGGGUCGUUGUCCUGUGUAUCGGGAUCGGGACAUUGGUGCUGUAUUUCUUGGAGGACUUAUGUUGGGUUGACUCGGUAUAUCUGGCGGUUAUGUCGGUUACGACGGUUGGGUAUGGGGACAGGGCAUUCAAGACGCCCGAGGGGAGGCUGUUCGCUGCGGUCUGGCUCCUUUUCUCGACACUCGCAGUGGCCCGGGCUUUCCUGUACCUUGCGGAGGCAAGGAUUGAUAAGAGGCACCGGAGGGUCGCCAAGUGGGUGUUGCAUCGGGACAUUACGGUGCAGGACUUGCUGGCAGCAGAUAUAAACAACCACGGGUUUAUUAGUAAAUCGGAGUACGUGAUCUACAAGCUCAAAGAAAUGGGGAAGAUUGGAGAGAAGGAUAUAAUGCAGAUCUGCGAUCAGUUCAACAAGCUCGAUUCCCACAACUCUGGGAAAAUAACGCUUCCCGAUCUGCUGGAGAAUCGUUCCUGAUUAUUCAUUCGAGUGGCAGAUGCUGCAGGAGAGUUAUUACUAGGUUGCAGCAACAUUUUGCCCGACUUGACGUAUAUAUUAUUUCAAGUGUACAUACAUGUUCUUUGGGCCUUUUCUUAUUGCUUUUCGGCGGAUGCCGUUGAUCUUAAUCGUGUAAAGAAUCAUCAAGAUUGAAACUGAUGCAUUUUAUUCUUUGCACUGCGGCUUU